AUGUCGCUUCCAACCCCCGUCCUCAACCAAGCGCAUUGUAUCGUAUCGGCCGUAGAGGCAGGAAUUGUCAAGCUCCCCACCGAACGGUUCAUUCACGAUGGAAAACCAGGUGAAUUCGUUGUCGCCCCCUCCCUUUCAUUCCUUUUGCGUCAUUCCGUUACUGGCCAUAAGUUCGUCUUCGACUUGGGGAUUCGCAAGGACUGGACAAACUACCCGCCGCCUACCGUCCGCAAACUCAAGGCUGACUUUCGUCUUAAAGUUGAGCAGGAUGUUUCGGAAUCGCUUGUGAAGGGUGGGCUUUCGCCUUCAGAAGUGGAUGUUGUUUGUCUUUCGCACCUUCAUUACGACCAUAUUGGAGACACGAGUCGAUUCACCAACAGCACAUUCCUAGUAGGAGGAGAAGCAGUGACACUCGUUACACCUGGAUAUCCCGCUGACCCAAAGUGUUUAUACGCAAGCGAUCUUCUACCCGCUGGGCGUACUCGAUUCUUGGAUAUGCAGGACCAACCUCCCUUGGGUCCUUUUCCCCGCGCGGUCGACUUCUAUCGAGAUGGAAGUCUUUACAUCGUGGACGCGCCAGGACAUUCGCCCGGUCAUAUUAACCUCGUUGUUCGUACCUCUCCCGAUGGCGGUUGGCUGCUCCUAGCUGGAGACAGUGCUCAUCAUUGGAGACUGAUAACUGGCGAGUCCAGGAUUGCAGAAGGUCCCGUUGGGUUUACUGGAACCUGUGCGCACUCGGAUAAGAAAGCGGCAGAAGAACAUUUGGAGCGGAUACGAGCGUUCAUGCGUUUCCCAAAGACGAUGGUUCUGUUGGCGCACGAUGAGCCGUGGUACAAGGAGAACAAGGAUGGACCAGCUUUUUGGCCGGGACAAAUUCCAUCCAAGUGA